AUGUGGUGGGCUGCCUACGUAGUAGCUAUAGGCCUCGUCCUAUGUACUGCACAGGAGGCCGACUACGCGACUGUGCGGGUGUCUGGAGGUCUGGUGCGGGGCUACAGGACGACCAGCGUCCGCGGCACGCCCUACUGGAACUUCCAGGGCCUGCCCUACGCUGCGCCUCCAGUGGGGCCCUUGCGAUUUGCGGAGCCGCAGCCGGCUGCCAGCUGGGAUGACGUCAGGAACGCCACGGAGGAAGCGCCACCGUGUCUGCAGGUGGGCGACGCUGGUGACGUUGUCGGCGAUGAAGACUGCCUCUAUCUCAACGUGUACACGCCAGAGUUGAACGCUGAUGUACCAAGAACGGUGAUGGUGUGGAUUCACGGAGGAGGUUUCGUGGGAGGUUCACCUUCCAAAUCAGAGUACGGGCCAGACUUCUUCAUGGAUCGGGACGUGGUCGUCGCCAGUAUCUCCUACCGAUUAGGUACAUUGGGCUUCCUGAGCCUGGAGGACGAGGUGCUGCCGGGUAACCUGGGCCUCAAGGACCAGACGGCGGCGCUACGGUGGCUGCGAGACAACGUGGCAGCCUUCGGCGGCGACCCCGCUGCCAUCACGCUCUUCGGCCACAGCGCGGGCUCCGCUUCGGUUGCUCUGCACGUGCUGUCGCCACUGUCCGCCGGGCUGUUCUCACGCGCCAUCGCGCAAAGCGGCCCGCCCGUGGGGUCGGUGACCUUGACGACCGGCGCCCGCGACAAGGCAUUCCGCCUCGCCAGGCUCCUCGGUUACCAGGGAAACGACUCCCAGCAGUUCCUCGAUCUGCUCCGUGCUGCCGACGCGAAAGACUUGGUCGACGUGGAUGAUCGCAUUCUUACAGAACAGGUACUGCAGCGACUCAAGAUCCCCCAUCAUUAUUACCAUGUGCACGAUAUGGAGAAGAUGCGCUACAUCCAGUUCGCGUUCGUGCCCAUCGUGGAGCCGGCGCUGGCGGGUGCCUUCCUGCCGGAACCCCCGCAGACGCUGGCCAGGGAGGGCCGCUUCAACCAGGUGCCCUUCAUCACCGGCGUCACCACGGCCGACGGCAACAUGCUGCUGCCCAUGCUGGAAGACCCACAAUGGCUGGAAACGCUCAACACAAACCUGUCGGCCGUCCUCAGCGGUGACUUCCGGGACGUGGACACACCUGAGGAGCAGCAGGACCUCGCCGCCAAGGUCAAGGACUUCUACUUUGGAGCCGGCAAUAACAUCACAGACACACCUGAGGGUCUCCUCAAAGCGUCUAUGAUGUUCACGGACAUCAAAUUCGCCGAGCCGACGGAUUCCAUACUGCAUCUCAUGGCCAAUGCAUCGUCACAGACUUUUUACUACUAUCAAUUUGCCUACAGAGGUCCAAAUACGCCCUUGCCGCAGUAUCCAGGGACCCAAUGGCCAACACGUCAGGCGUGUGGCAGCCCUUCACGCGCACAUCGAGUUAUUACCUGAUAGUCAACACGACGGAUUCCUUGGGCCAGAACAAGGACGAGCAGCGGAUGCAGUUCUGGCGGCAAAACAUGCCACUCUGACAUCUAAAUUUCUACAGUCUGCAACGUGAACAUUGGGCAUGACGUGUCUACGCAGUCAAUGCUACGAAUUUUGUUGUACAUAACUUACUUAACACCAGUAAAAAUAAUGAUCUUGUCGUAUUACUGUUUUUUCCACAACAUAAUGGAAAGGGUAGUUGCUAUUCACCAUAUAAAGGCACAACAAAAAGAAAGUGGGACAGUUAGCUUUCGGCCAACAAGGUCUUUCUCCAAAAUAGGUCCUAGCUGCCAGAGACUGUGGUCAAUUGUGUACGAGUUGCAUUUGCGUGAGUGUGUGCGUGUGUGUAUGUUGUCUAUUUUUGAUAAAGCCCUUGUUGGUCGAAGGCUAACUUUCCGACUGUCUUUUUGUUGUGGUUUUCUGCGACUCAGAAUCUCCGCUAUAUGGUGAAUAGCAACUGUCCUUUUCAUUAUAUUGUUACAUUCCAUCCUCGAUUUUCUAUUGUUUGUUUUCUUCAGUAGCUAUCCAUAGAUAAAGUACAGGGCGUAACAAAACGACACCGACAAACUUCCAUGGGCUAUAGAGGGGUUCUUGUGGAACGAAAGAUCAUCCACUGACACUAGGGAGUGUCUGAACCAUAUACGCUAACACCUACCUUAGGCCACUCAUUUAACAGAAAACACGGCGUUAUUAGCUGACGAAUCGUGUGCAGUGUUCUAGUGGUAGAUGUGAAUGUGUUGAGCGUCCUCUAACGAAAUGAGUGUUUUCAGGCCGACUGCGAGAAGUCCCGCUAACGAUCCGUCAGCGUACAAACUGAUGUUCCCCACUGAAGGUGUGGCUUGCAACCUAUUACCGUGAGUGUUCGACACUUUGUUGACUGUCGUUGGAUGAUCUUCUCCAGUAUGAUUCCCUACCUUCAAGUUUUUCUUCGACGGGCUUUGCCCAAGUCCACGAACUUGGUCGGUAUCGGUUUGUUACGCCAACAGAAAUAGCUAUGGCUACUCAUGCAGUCUUGGGAAAAGGACAUAACGUAGGCUGUAGCUGACAGAAACGGUUCUGGCUUAUGCGCCUCUGCAAGACUUGUCUUCGAGAUAACAGCUAUCUUGUUUCUUUAAUAACCAAUUUUCGAUAAUUACCUAUAUUAUUGUUGCUUGUCUUGAACAUUCAGUAGUUCAAAAAUAGCAACAUUUAAUUAAAUUAUUAUUUGUGGCGUUUUCAAUAUAAUUUUUAAGUGUUUCGCAUAUUGUAAAGGAAUUAUAUAAAUUUUUUUAUGAAUAUAUAGACACUAGUUCAGCUACCAGAGAUUAAUGCGUAAAGCAUCUGCUGAACAAAAGAAGCUAUACGCUCUUCGUAUGUUAUCUUUAGAAUAAGUUACCUAUCGCUGUUAUCUUGUCCUAGUGUUAAGACGUGUUGUGCCAUCUCUUACUGAUAAAAUUGGGUUAAAUAAUGAAAGUGAUUUUGAAGCAGA